AUGGCUGACGACGAGCUUAUCGCCUCAGUCUACCACAAGAUUGAACGAGAAAAAGCCCUCAUAGCUGCCGCAACGAACCUCAGACAAUCCACCGAUAAUCCAACGGUACAGCGACAAGCCGACGGGCAGAUGCGCGAAGGCCGCAGGAAUAUUGCAUACUUAGAAGACAAGCUUAGAGAAUUGAAGUAUCGCAAAGAUGGUGCAGCGACAUCCGGAGCACCUCAGUUACCACCAUUAGGAGCUGCUGGUGAUCAACGCCGGAAUGGUGGAUACGAUGCUCCUGCGCCGCCUCCAAAGGAUCCCAGGACGGGCUACCCGGGCGACACAGGUGACUAUGGAGAUCCAGGUCCAGGAGGGUAUAGUCAAGGAGGCACUGGCAUGAUGCCUUCUCGUGCCCCAUUUGCCGACCCUCGACCGGAUGCCGCCAUCCCUAAGGCGCGGCCAAACUACAGCAAACUCGAUCUUAUAAAAUAUGACACGCCUUAUCUCGGUCCAAAGAUUCAACUGAUGUUGUCGCAACUCGAGUUCAAACUCAGUGUAGAAAAACAGUAUAAAGCAGGUAUUGAAAAGAUGGUUCGUCUUUACCAAGAUGAAGGUGACCGAAAAAGCCGCGCCGAUGCUGAAGGACGUCGCAUUGAGAGCAAUCAAAAAAUCCAGUUGCUAAAGCAGGCUUUGAAGAGAUAUGAAGACUUGCAUAUUGAUAUUGAAAGCUCAGCCGAUAACGCGGACGACGACAGUAUCAAUGCGCCUAAUAUGCGGAAGCCUCUGACUGGUCACUUAACAUUACGCAUACAUUCAGUUCAAGAUGUCGAUCAUGCCGCAACUUCACGAUUUUCGAGAGGCCCCGAGACUUUUGUUGUAAUCAAGGUUGAAGAUGCCAUCAAAGCACGCACCAAAGCCUCUCGAAACGAUAGGUGGACAGACGAAACAUUCAACAUCGAUAUCGAUAAGGCCAAUGAGCUUGAGCUCACGGUUUAUGACAAGUCGGGAGACAGGCCAACUCCUAUCGGCAUGCUUUGGAUGCGCAUAUCAGAUAUCGCCGAGGAAAUGCGACGGAAGAAGAUUGAAACCGAUCUAGCCUCGAACGGCUGGGUUUCUGCAGAUAAAAUGAGCCAAGGAGCAUCGGGACGCUCGAACCCAAAUGCGCCGUUGAGCCCUACUGGUGGUCACGGCCAACCUCAGCAACCUGGGAACGCACCUAGUGGCGCAGGCCCAGGAAAUGCUGUUCUGAUCGAUUCGUGGUUCGCAUUAGAGCCUGUGGGUAGAAUUCAUAUGCAAGUCAGCUUUGCCAAACAAUUGAAGGAUCGCCGACCUUUUGAUAUUGGUCUGAAUCGACAAGGUGCGGUUCGUCAAAGAAAAGAAGAAGUCCACGAGAAACAAGGACACAAAUUCGUUACCCAGCAGUUCUAUAAUAUCAUGCGCUGUGCGCUCUGCGGAGAGUUCCUUAAGUAUGCAGCCGGCAUGCAAUGUGAGGAUUGUAAAUACACGUGCCAUCGCAAGUGCUAUCCGAAAGUUGUUACAAAGUGUAUCAGUAAAGCCAACUACGAAACCGAUCCUGAUGAGGAGAAAAUCAAUCAUCGCAUCCCGCAUCGUUUCGAGAAUUUUGCCAACAUCUCGGCGAAUUGGUGUUGUCAUUGUGGUUCUCUUCUGCCUUUUGGUCGGAAAAAUGCAAAGAAGUGCACAGAAUGUGCUCUUACCUGCCAUACUUCCUGCGCCCAUCUGGUUCCAGACUUUUGUGGCAUGUCUAUGCAAACCGCGAAUGAGAUUAUAGAAGCCCAGAUACGGAUGAAAAACCUCAAUAUGAAUAAGACCUCCCCAGUCGGCUUAUCAAAUCGCAACCUACGGGACAAUGCGCCUGCUCCUUUGGCCCCUAUGAAACCCUCGGAUUACGGAAGACCACCAUCUUCACAAGCCAUCAGUGCUGCGACCACCUCUUAUCCAUCACCUCAAUCACCUACUACCUCAUCUAGGCAAAAUCUUCCUCCUAGAACAUCCUCAAUCGAAGCUCAGAAAGCCGCAGAGGCCGCAAUUAGUGGCAUGCGACCACCAUCUCAGCCAAGCCAAGACCAUCGGCUCSCACAGUCACAACAACCCCCUAUUCGUCCCUACAAUCCAGCGGCAUACGGCGACGUUAUGAGGCAAGAGCCUCCUGCAGGUCCCAUGCCCACACAAAAAAUUCCACCCUAUCAAGCAGCGCCUCCUCAACAAAUACCACCACCUCAGCCUCAACCCGUACCUCAACCUCAAACUCAGGCUCCUAUCGUGGCUCAACAACCAGCUCCCUCAAAAGAACCUUCUACCCGAGGUCCAAGAAUCGGACUGGAUCACUUCAACUUCCUUGCUGUUCUUGGAAAGGGUAACUUCGGUAAAGUCAUGCUUGCCGAGACGAAGACAACAAAGAAACUCUAUGCUAUCAAGGUUUUGAAGAAAGAGUUUAUCAUUGAAAACGAUGAAGUUGAAAGUAUGAAAUCCGAGAAACGGGUUCUCCUUAUCGCCAAUAAGGAACGACACCCCUUCUUGUUGACGCUGAACGCUUGCUUCCAAACAGAGACGCGGGUUUACUUUGUCAUGGAAUAUAUUAGCGGUGGUGAUUUGAUGUUGCAUAUUCAAAGAGGACAGUUCGGUCUGAAGAGAGCGCAAUUCUACGCUGCUGAAGUCUGUCUAGCGUUGAAGUAUCUCCACGAAAAUGGUGUCAUUUACCGUGAUCUGAAACUCGACAACAUUCUUUUGACUUUGGACGGACAUAUCAAGAUCGCCGAUUAUGGUCUAUGUAAGGAGAAUAUGUGGUAUGGAAGUACUACGAGUACAUUCUGUGGUACACCAGAAUUCAUGGCUCCUGAGAUUCUACUCGAUAAGAAAUAUGGACGAGCGGUUGACUGGUGGGCAUUUGGUGUGCUGAUCUACCAGAUGUUGCUUCAACAAUCUCCUUUCCGUGGUGAAGAUGAAGAUGAAAUCUACGACGCUAUUCUUGCAGAUGAACCUCUCUACCCCAUUCAUAUGCCACGCGAUUCUGUCUCUAUUCUUCAAAAAUUGCUCACCCGUGAGCCUGAGCUUCGACUUGGAUCAGGUCCCACUGAUGCGCAGGAGAUCAUGUCGCAUGCAUUUUUCCGAAAUAUCAACUGGGAUGAUGUCUAUCACAAGCGUAUUCCUCCGCCAUUUAUGCCUACGAUCACCAGCGCCACCGAUACGAGCAACUUUGACCAGGAGUUCACCAGUGUCACUCCUGUCCUUACUCCCGUACAGUCUGUCCUUUCGCAAGCUAUGCAAGAAGAGUUCCGGGGUUUCUCCUAUACCGCAGACUUUGCUUAG